AUGGAUCUAAAUCUUACUGCUGACACACCAAGGCUCUAUUGUUUCACACUUGAGGUGAAGGAUGUUGCAGACAAUGUUCGUCAAUGUCGGCGUUUUGUUCUCUACGAUAACACUUCGUCCAUCAAAAUUUGGAAAAGAAAGCCAUUUAGAUUUACAUCUGCCUCACCUGACACAGACUACAUAUGGCAAACCCAUCACAACGAUGUAUGCAUAAGCUGGAAAGAUUACUUUUACAACGAUUUCUACAUAGAUAAUGAACUACUGAAUCCUAUUGAGCCAGACCUGCACGGUCUUAUUUCCGGUUCAUAUGAGCAAAGAACUGGAGAAAUACCAGUCUCAGGGACAUCAAACGUAUAUGGUAUUAUUGCAUACGACGUUUCGUGGAGUCUUAAUCAUGGUUCAUUCUCAGAAGAAAAACCGGUUCCCUCCUUCACGAAUCAAUCAUUUUGCAAACAUCUGUCUGUUGAAGACGGCGAUACAUACACACUGAACGUGAGGGCUGUCGAUAUAGCUGGAAAUACCCUUAGCGAUAACCGAACUGUAUUUAUUGAUCGCUCAGCGCCACUUGUCACCGACAUUUGGCUUGAGAAAGAUGGGUACGAAAUGUUGUUUGUCCACAAUAGCACUGACCUGUCUAAAAUGAAGAUGACGUUUAAUGCACUUGAUCCACAUAGUGGCUUAUCUAAAAUACAGUGGACUUUUGGAAUAGUCGACACAACGACCGAACUACUUAGUGAGCACCUUGCUAUUAGGACCAUAAAUGAUUCAUGUUCAAUCGCACAAUGCUACUGCCCGGCUAUUGGUGACUGUGCAUUCUUCAACUACACAAUACCACUCAACAAACUAAACGUUAAGGAUAUGCAUAUUGGCAACCACAACAGGAACUAUUAUUUCACCAUAAAAGUUACAAACAUGGCUGGGCUUUCAACAACGGAACACAUUGACGUGCUUGUUGAUGAUUCGCCUCCUUCAGAAGGUGUUGUUUACGAAGGUCCAGAAGAUUCCCCUGACAUUGACUACACAAGUGAUGUUUCCAUUCUCGUGCACUGGCAUGGUUUUAUAGACCACGAAAGCGGCAUCAAGCUGUACAGGGUCGGUUUGUCCGACCGAUGUCUAAGUUCAAAAGAUCUAAACAACUUUACAGAAGUACCAAGUAUAUCAAUUCUUAUGGAGCUUCCUUUCUCCGAAGAAUUGGUCCGAAUCCCAACGACCUUUACCGGAAAGCGAUUUCUGACCGUUAUUGCACUAAAUAAUGCCAUGGAACCUUCGAAGCCUGUGUGUUCAGAUGGCAUUACGCGUGAUCUUUCACCGCCUGAAUUUAGAAAUAUGACUUUACAGCAUGGACAAUCGUCAGCAAGCUUACUUUGUUUGCAUGACGAAGUAUAUUUAAUGCAGACAAACAUGCAAAGAGCAAAGCUUCAUAAUACGUCCGUUUGCCAGAGUGUUUGUGAAGCUGAUGUUGAGUCACACAAGAUUACCAGAUGCAUAACAUAG